AAUGUUUAUUUUUUUCUUUUAUUAGACUAAAAAGAUUUUCUUAUUAACCAAAUAUAAAAAAUGGAAGAAGUAGUUACUGAUCUUUCUUUGAAGAAGAAGAAGCCAAAUCUUGAAAUAGAAAAUAAUGCUGUGCAAGAUAUUGAUAGUGUUGAUUUGAGUUUUAAAAAUCCAAUAGAAACAAACUAUAAUCUUACAAAAAUAUUAGACUCUCCAAGUAUAGGAAUAUGUAAUUUACAAACAGUGGAAAGUAGAAAAAGGAAAAGAAUAGAAUUGCAGCAGCAUAGAAAUAAAUUUCCUUUACAUCCAUUUCAACAUCAGUUUUAUAGGCCUACAACUUUUGUUGAACCUCCUCAUAUUAAAUCUCCUGAUGUAAUUGUUUUAACUGAUGAAGAGGACAACAUGACUAAUGGUCAUGUUAAUGGUGUAGAAAAUAAUUCUCGAGCUGAUACUCCAGAAUCUGACAUGACCCUACCAGUUUCACCUCAGUUAAAAGAAUUAACAGAGGAGGAAUGGAGAGAGAGAGAGAAGAAGAUAGCAAGAUUGAAACAUGUAUUGAGAGAUGAAGAAAUGAAACUUGUUUUAUUAAAGAAACUUCAUCAAAGUCAAAUUAUGAAAGAGAAUUUAAUUGGAACAGCUGUUAACACAGCAAAAUCUAACAUUGGACGGGUAUCUGGAGACACUUCAUUUAUGUCUUCUCCACUAAUUAGAAGCCAUUUGUCUUCCUCUGCUAAUAAUAAAUACUUGCUUCAAAGAUCUGUCAUGCAACCUUCCACGGUUCCUACAUCAAUCAGUCCUGUGCCUCACUCAACAAUACAGACAGAGAGAGCAGACAAUCAAACACCUGCUCAACGACAGGCUGCAGCUAAACUAGCUCUUCGUAAACAAUUAGAAAAAACUUUGCUUCAGAUUCCUCCACCUAAGCCACCACCACCUGAAUUACACUUUGUUCCAAAUGCAAAUAGUCCAGACUUUAUAUAUCUUUUAGGUUUGGAGGUAGUUGUGAGUUUUUUCACUGGUGAUAAUAUUUAUAACAAGCUUCCUCCAGAUCCAUUUGAAUGUGUUCAAUGCAGUACUAAUUUCACACCUGUUUGGAAAUGGCAAGAGACUAGUACACUUAAUAAGAAGCCAUCAGUCAUUUGUGAAAAAUGUGUUACUUCAAAUAUUAAAAAAGCUUUGAAAGCAGAGCACACAAAUCGCUUAAAGACCGCAUUUGUGAAAGCAUUGCAGCAAGAACAAGAAAUAGAACAACGUAUGUCUCAGGGUUUUUCAUGUUCUCCACCACCAUCAUUAACACCAACUUCUCCAUUGCAUAUUUCAAAUACAGUAACACCAAUUGUAGCACCAACUUCACCACAGAAUCAUAUUUCGAAUCCUAUUUCAAAAAUAGCUACAACUGCAACUGCUGUAAUUCAACAACAAUCAUUAUUACAAGCUCAGCAAAUGCAGUUGAAUCAAAAUCAACCACAACCAGCGCAUAUGCUUUCUUUUGCCCCACUUCUUGCAGCUCAGGCAUAUUCAUAUCAAAUGAUGGGUAAGUCUUCUAUUUCUUCAUCAGAGUUACAGAGACAGUAUCUGCUUGAUAUGAUCCCUCCACGUUCUCUAACUCAAAGUGCUAUGAAUUGGAAGGCAUGAUAGCACAUAACUAAGUAGAUGAUAAUGACAUUAUUGAGAAUGUGAUUUAUAUAUCCAUAUAAAAUAUUGUUGCUAAUGUCAUUGAUUCCUGUUAAGAAAAUUUUUUCAUAAACUUAAAAUUUUACUACCAGGAGAGAAAAAUAUUUAUAAAUCUGAAUCAUUGGAUUCUGUUUGUGUGCUUAGGUUUUUCUAUGCAUUCUAGUAAAAUGCUUUCACAUCUACAAAUUUUUGUAGUAUGUUGUUAGUAAAUUAUAAAUUGGACUAAUUAGAAUUUGAUGUUUUACCAAAUCAAUGGUUUGUGUACGAGAUAUUUAAAACUAUUUAGUAGCCAUGACUGAUAUUCUAUAAAUUUUGAAUGAAUUUAUAUAAUUGUGAAAUAUUUAAAAAAUUUUACAUUAUAUAUUACUUAAAUUUCAUUUUAUAUAUUAAUUUCACAUAUUCUACAUGUUAAACUGAAAGGAGGAAUAAAUGUUCUUUCUUGCUCAGAUACUAGGCUUCCACUAUAAAAUCAAGGUGCAUGGGGAAAAUAGUGCCUGAGAAGUAAAAUAAUUUAAUAUAAACAAUUGCACAGUUAUUCUUUUUCUCACUUGCACUAAAUUGUACAUUUAUUAAAAGAAUUUCUACAUUCUAUUAUAUUUCUUCAAUUUUUGCAAACAUUUAUUGUACAAAAUAACCAAAUAUAAAUCUUCAACAUUUGAAGAUAUUUUUGAAAGUAUUGAUAUGCCAUUUUUACAGUUAAUAGCAAUGUUAAUAGUUGUAAGAUUUUUAGUUUUAUCAACCAUUUUGCCUAAGUGUUAUGUACAAAUUUCAAUGCAUGCAAAUUCUUGUACGCAUAUGUAUCUAGACAGUGAUCAACAUGAAUUGUGUGAAUAAAUACUUCUAAAUAUUAUUUGUCAUAUUAAGUGUGCCAGUAAAUAUACAAAGUAAAGUAAAUUUAUUCAUGUACUGUAACAAAUAAUUUAUUCAUUCAAUUAAAUUAUUCAUGUUCUUUAUUAAAGUUAAGUAUGAUGAUUAUAUUUCUAAAUGAGCACGCUAUACAUAUUAA